CAGCGGCAGCAGCGAGAGAGAGAGAGAGCGGCAGCGCGGCGGAGCUGGAGCGACAAUGUGACGGUGGACUUCGACUGAGCAGCUUUGUGUUGAUGUGACUGUUUCUCGACACUCCCACACACCAGCCAACCACAGCAGCGUCAUUUGGAUUUACAUAUAACAGAGGAUAUCCUCGCCUUAUUUUAUUUUUUUUAUUUUUUUAUUUUCAUUUUAUUUCCUCAGACAUUGUAAAGCCUCCCUGUGGCUGCGUGCACCUUCUCAGAAAUUGACUGGCAAAGGAAGGCGUGAGGCGCACCAUCAUCCAUGCUCUGUGGAUAUCUCUCCAUCCUUAUUCCUCACACUCGAUAAGGAGCAAAGUGCUCCGUGAAGAUCUCCUCCUGCUUUAUGGGAUUCUUUUUCACGGAGCCGUUUUAUUUUGGAUAAAACAAAUCGGGCAUCAUGAGUUCCAGCGGCUCAGCGGUCGGUGAGCGGAGCUCUGGGCCUAUCCGGUGCCAACGAUGUCGGGACGCCUGCAAAGGAGAGGUCGUACGAGUACAAGACACCCACUUUCACGUCAAGUGUUUCACCUGCACCGUGUGUAACUGUGAUCUUGCACAAUCUGGCUUCUUCCAUAAGAAGGGCGAGUACAUCUGCACGGCAGACUACCAGCGUCUGUACGGCACACGCUGCGACCGCUGUGACAGCUUCAUCACAGGGGAGGUGGUCUCUGCUCUGGGACGCACGUACCAUCCCAAGUGCUUUGUCUGCAGCGUUUGCAGUAAACCCUUCCCCAUCGGAGACAGAGUGACGUUCAGCGGAAAGGACUGCGUGUGCCAGCAGUGCUCGCACAAACUCGUCAAGUCAAAUGAACCGAUCAAGAUCCACGGGCCCAGCCACUGUGCUGGAUGUGGAGCCGAGAUCAAGCAGGGUCAGUCUCUCCUGGCGCUGGAGAAACAGUGGCACGUCAGCUGCUUCCGAUGUCGGACCUGCAACAUGGUGCUCACAGGGGAAUACAUCAGCAAAGAUGGAGUGCCGUACUGCGAGGCAGAUUACCACGCCCAGUAUGGGGUGAAAUGUGAGACCUGCAACAGAUACAUCAGUGGACGCGUUCUGGAGGCAGGAGGGAAGCACUAUCAUCCGACCUGUGCCCGCUGUGUCCGCUGUAACAUGAUGUUCAAAGAGGGAGAGGAAAUGUACCUGACAGGAUGUGAGGUGUGGCACCCAUUAUGCAAGCAGGCUGCCAGGGCGGAGAGGAGACUCAGGCAUAGACGCCUGUCAGAGACCUCCAUCUCUCCACCAGGCUCCUCAGUGGGCUCUCCCAGCAGGGUUAUAUGUGCCACAGUGGAGAAUGAGAUCCUAGAUUAUAAGGACCUAGCUGCCCUGCCAAAGAUCAAGGCCAUAUACGAGGUCCAACAGCCUGACCUCAUAUACCAGCCCUACCACAGAUACACAUCUGAUGACAGGCUAGACACUUACAGCUAUGGGGAGUCACUUGGGACGCUGUCUCCCUAUUCUCAGGUAAACGAUCUUCCUCCCAGUGACUUUGACAGUCUGGAUUUGAAGCACAGGAGGUGUUCCAGUCCAGGUUAUAUAGACUCACCGACAUACAGUCGUCAAGGCAUGUCACCCAUCAUGCCACGCUCCCCACAGCACUAUGCCUACCCUGGCUCUGAGAGUGGCAGGAGUUCACCUUAUUACAGCCAAGAAGGGCGGUCAAGCACACCCACCACUAACCAGCCCCCUAAACAUUUUCAUGUACCAGCCACAGGAGACCCCAACAUCUACAGGAAGCCUCCCAUCUAUAAGAGAACUGACAAUCAUAUGGAAGCAGCCACCAAAAGCAGGACCAGCGAAGACAUCCUCAGAUCCUCCAGACUGUCCACCUACUCUUCCGAGCCAUACACCCCAUCAGAGUCUGACUACUACCCGUACGCCAGCUCCCCCAAGGCCUAUUGGGCGCCGAGACGACGCUUCUCGACAGGAGGAGACGAAGAGAGUUGGAGUCACAGUCUUCAAAGAAUUGGGAGUGGCAUUGGGAGGAUGAUCCUGAAGGAGGAGAUGAAAGCUAGAUCUGGUUCCUAUGACAAUGACCCCUGGGGCAGUGCGAGGAAUUCUCGUUGUGGGAGCAAGGAAGCGCUCAACACUACAGGCUACGGCACCACCGCGUACAACAACACUGUCAACGGCUCUCCCCGGUCUCAGUACAGCACUGACAGUGAUUUUGUCUGCAAGUCUGCCUCACUACCAGGAUAUAGACGCAACGGCAUCCAGAGGCCUCAGAGUGCUGACUGUUACCAGUACCAGUAUGACAGUAGCUCAGAGGUCAACUGGGGCGGCAGAGCAGAGUACAAGAUUUACCCCUAUGAAGCGCUCAUUGUCACCACCAGGGGGCGGAACAGGCUGCCCAAAGAUGUAGACAGAGCCAGACUUGAGCGUCACCUGUCCCCAGAGGAGUUUGUCCAAGUGUUUGGGAUGACGGUGGAGGAUUUUGACCGACUGGCUCUGUGGAAAAGGAACGAGCUAAAGAAACAGGCCCGGCUCUUUUAGUCGUGUGUGGACAUCCACUGAAUAACGCCAUAAACGGAGCCGGAGACUUUUGCUGACUGUCGGAAGGACAGAGAAUGAUGAAUAACUUAACCUCUGUUUCACUGCCAUGGCUGAGAACCUGUUCUAGAUCUCCUCAGACGACGAACCAAAUUCUGGUCACACCGGCCGGCGUGGACUUGUGGCGUGACAAACCGUUACGUGGUUUACAGUGCAUGUGGGGCUGGAGUGGAGUGUAUGCAUCAGAGACUGUCGUGUUGUGCUUUUCUUAAGCUUGGAGGAGGAAGGAAGGCAUGACUGUGCCACUCUAAGGCCACACGAGGGAGCGGAGGUCUGUGACCAGAGCUGCAGUACUUGAAGGUCAAGUGUGUAAAAUGUUGCAAUAUUUAUUGGUGAAGUUGCAUAAUUAUGUUACCUUCAAUUUCUGCCAAAUACACGUAAAUUUGCUUACAUUUUACACACUGGACUUUUAAACAUGAAGAGGAGAGUUUUGGUUUUGCCUUAUUCUUUAUGCUCUUAGUGAUGAGUGUGCAGCACCAGCAAUCUGAAUGAGUAGAAUGUAGAUACAGGACAUCUUUAAUGACACUUUAUCAGAGUGAAUGACGAGACAGGAGGAAUGAGUAUGUGAGCAUACAGUAUCACUUUGUAUUCAUUUACGUGUGUGUGUGUGUGUGUGUGUGUGUGACCUGCUUAGAUUUGUGUGCAAAUGAAAACCAAAG